AUGCAAAAGAAGAGGAGGAACAUCUGCCAUGCUGAUGGAAUGAUGGUUAACAGUCGGUCGGUCCAUGGGGAACAGACAAGUGGUGGUGGUGGUGGUCUAAAACAGGAAGCGAAACGAAACUGUCUGCCAGGCAAAGGAGGCAAAUCGCGGGCCAAAGCGAAGACGAGGUCGGCGCGAGCUGGUCUGCAGUUCCCCGUGGGUCGUGUGCACCGUCUGUUGCGUCGUGGCAACUACGCGGAGCGUGUGGGUGCUGGAGCACCGGUUUACUUGGCUGCUGUGCUCGAGUACCUGGCUGCCGAGGUGCUGGAGUUGGCGGGUAAUGCGGCAUGCGACAACAAGAAGACACGUAUCAUUCCUCGUCACCUGCAGUUGGUUAUCCGCAACGAUGAGGAGUUGAACAGGCUGUUGGGCGGUGUGACCAUUGCACAGGGUGGUGUGCUGCCCAACAUCCAGGCGGUGCUGCUGCCGAAGAAGACGGAGAAGCCGGUGGUGAGCAAGGAGUAG